AUGUCUUUCUCGUUCGCUGAUGGAGAUGAGAGCGUCUUCGAGCGUUUGCAACAACGCGCAGAUCCUAAGGUGCUGGAAGAGCAACAGCAGGCCGUAAAUGAGCGCAUGCAAGCUAUUUACCAGAAGGCACAGAACCGACUUACUGAAUUGAUCGACCAAAACUCGACUUUGCCCUGCACCAUCUCCUCUGUUCAAGUCACAAGUGCUCCUCAUACCCGACGGAGCUUCCUCGAGCGCAACUUGAGCCCGCUCUUGAGCGCAAACAAGGGUCGGCCUUACACCCUCGCUGAAGCAUUGCGGGAAGUGUCGGCUACCGCAGAUAAACUAGGACGAUUCGAUCUGUUUCAGCAGCCUAUCUCGGUCUAUUUGGAUGAGUCGCAAGACCACAAUGGCGUGCGCAACAUUGAUGUCCACCUGGCGACGCGGGAGAAGUCCCGUGUAUUGAUGAAGACCGGGACAGAUUUGGGCAAUGCCGAGGGCUCAGCUUACGGUAACCUUCUCUGGCGUAAUGUCUUUGGCGGCGCCGAGACUUUGAACUUGAACGCUUCCCUUGGUACCCGAACACGGUCUGCUUACCAAGCUGCAUUCGAGACUCCGAUCUUGGGAGAUCCCGAUUUCCGUCUGGAAAUUGGCGGUAUUGCAAGCGCCACUCAAAAGUCUUGGGCAAGCCACGAGGAGGUCUUGAAGGGCGGCUGGAGCAAACUCCGAUGGGUUACCAAAUCAGGCCACCGCCACGAACUUGGCUACAACGGUUUCUGGCGACAGCUUACUGGUCUUGCGGAGAACGCAUCCCCUACUGUACGUGCCGAUGCAGGUGACAGCGUGAAAAGCAGCAUAUCCCAUAGCUGGGUCAAUGACCAGCGUGACAAUGCCUUCUUGCCGUCUCGUGGCUACUACGCCAAGGCCUUUAACGAGCUGGCUGGAUUCGGUCCGCUCAAGGGCGAUGUUUCUUUCUGGAAAUCAGAGAUUGAGACACAAGGUGCUAUCCCCAUUCCUAUCCCAGGUAUCAAGGGUGACAGCGGCGUCAGCCUUACCACUGGAUUCCGUGCCGGCCUUCUCUACCCUCUCGGUCUCGAGUCUAACUCUCGCCCUCAACUUUCUCGUGUCAACGAUCGCUUCCAGCUUGGGGGGCCCACCGAUGUCCGUGGAUUCCGCCUCUGUGGUCUCGGGCCCCGUGAGGGCGUUGAUUCACUGGGCGGUGAUGUGUACGCCGCCGGCAGCGCCAACCUGCUAUUCCCACUUCCGCGACUUGGUGCGGAGAAACCUGUGCGGUUCCAGGCCUUCUUGAAUGGUGGCCGCCUUCUUUCUCUGCAGACCUCGCAGAAAGGUAGUCCUACCACGAAUGGCGAGGUGCCGAAUGCUAUGAUCUCCACUCUCUCGGAACUACAAAAUGGUUUGCCUAGUGUCGCAGCUGGCUUCGGUGUCGUGUAUGCCCACCCGGUAGCUCGCUUUGAGCUCAACUUCUCCUUGCCUUUGGUAUUGCGAAAGGGCGAAGAGGGCCGCAAAGGCCUGCAGUUGGGUAUCGGUAUCAAUUUCCUAUAA